AAUAUUUGAGUUCUUCAUUUCAUUGCAAUUCUGAGUUUUCUUUCGAGUUUCUGUUUUCCUUUCUCGCUGUCUCUAAUUCUUUCAUCACAAUUCUUCUUCUUUUCGAUUCUCCAUUGAAAUGAGCUUCGGGUUGACCUCAUAAUCUUCAGGUUGGUGAGAUCUUAAAGGAGUUAUGGAGUGGACGACAGUGCAACAUCUGGAUCUACGCCAUGUGGGGCGUGGUCUUAAACCAUUGCAGCCUCACGCCGCCACGUUUCACCCCCAUCAAGCUCUGGUUGCCGUCGCUAUUGGGAGCUACCUCAUUGAAUUUGAUGCGAUCACAGGAAGCAAGUUGUCUUCUAUCAACAUAGGCUCACCUGUCGUCCGUAUGUCGUACAGUCCUACAAGUGGACAUGCUGUAGUUGCCAUACUCGAGGAUUGUACCAUUCGAUCAUGUGAUUUUGAUACUGAGCAAACCUGCGUCCUGCAUUCACCAGAAAAGAGAAUGGAACAGAUAUCUUCGGAUUCAGAAGUCCAUCUUGCUUUGACUCCUCUCCAACCUGUGGUUUUCUUUGGAUUCCAUCGAAGGAUGAGUGUGACAGUUGUGGGAACUGUUGAAGGGGGUAAGGCUCCUACAAAAAUAAAGACAGACUUAAAGAAGCCUAUUGUCAAUCUUGCUUGCCAUCCUCGCCUCCCUGCUCUGUAUGUGGCUUAUGCAGAUGGUUUGAUUCGAGCAUACAAUAUUCAUACCUAUGCUGUUCAUUACACAUUACAGCUUGACAACACCAUAAAGCUUAUUGGUGCUGGUGCAUUUGCUUUUCACCCAACAUUGGAAUGGAUAUUUGUUGGCGAUCGACGAGGUACACUUCUUGCAUGGGAUGUGUCAACUGAGAGACCCAGCAUGAUCGGAAUUACACAAGUAGGUUCUCAACCAAUUUCAUCAGUUGCUUGGCUUCCAAUGUUGCGGAUACUUGUAACUGUAUCCAAGGAUGGAAAUCUUCAAGCAUGGAAGACACGGGUCGUAGUUAAUCCUAAUAGACCUCCUAUUGCAGCAAAUUUUUUUGAGGCAGCUGCUAUUGAAUCAAUUGAUAUCCCCUGCAUCCUUUCUCAACAGGGUGGAGAAGCAGUUUAUCCCUUGCCGCGAAUAAAAUCUAUUGAAGUUCACCCCAAAUUAAAUUUAGCAGCACUGCUGUUUGUAAAUAUGACAGGUGGAGACAAUGUGAAAAAUAGGGCUGCAUACACCAGGGAAGGGAGAAAACAACUAUUUGCAGUUUUACAAAGUGCAAGAGGAUCAUCAGCUUCUGUGUUAAAAGAAAAACUUUCGUCCUUGGGUUCAUCUGGAAUCUUAGCUGACCAUCAACUUCAGGCACAAUUACAAGAGCAUCAUCUGAAAGGCAGACGCAGUCAACUUAGCAUAUCAGAUAUUGCAAGGAAGGCUUUUCUGUAUAGUCAUUUCAUGGAAGGUCAUGCUAAAAGUGCUCCAAUUUCUCGGCUGCCACUCAUCACCAUGUUGGAUGUUAAACAUCAUCUUAAGGACAUUCCAGUUUGUCAGCCGUUUCACUUGGAGCUUAAUUUCUUCAAUAAAGAAAACCGGGUUCUCCAUUAUCCUGUUAGGGCAUUUUACGUGGAUGGUGCAAGCCUAAUGGCAUAUAAUCUAUGCUCAGGGGCAGAUAGUAUCUACAAGAAACUUUAUACCUCGAUUCCUGGAAAUGUGGAAUACCAUCCAAAAUACAUGUUCUACAGUAAAAAGCAACAUAUUUUCCUUGUUGUUUAUGAGUUUAGUGGUUCUGCAAAUGAAGUGGUGGUUUAUCGAGAAAAUACCGAGUCUCAGACAGCAAGCAGUAAAUGCACUACAGUGAAAGGUCGAGAUGCAGCAUUUAUUGGUCCCAAUGAAAAUCAAUUUGCAAUUCUUGAUGAAGAUAAGACCGGACUGGCUUUAUACAUAGUGCAAGGAAAGACUUCUCAGGAAGGUAGUGAAAAAAUUGGAGCCCUUAAAGAGAACCAACCUGUGGACGCUGAUGUUGGCUCUAUUAAAGGUCCAAUGCAGUUUAUAUUUGAAGAUGAUGUUGAUCGCAUCUUUUCUACUCCGCUAGAGUCAUCGUUGAUAUUUGCUUCUCAUGGGAAUCAGAUUGGGUUGGCAAAGCUGGUUCAAGGAUAUCAAUCAGGUGCUGAUGGUCAUUAUAUACCGACAAAAGGUGAAGGGAAAAAAUCAAUAAAGUUGAAAUUAAAUGAGACUGUACUUCAGGUUCAGUGGCAAGAAACUGUUCGAGGUUAUGUUGCAGGUAUAUUAACCACAACAAGAGUGCUACUGGUCUCAACGGACCUUGAUAUUCUGGCUAGUAGUUCAACAAAAUAUGAUAUGGGACUACCUUCAUUUAGAUCCCUUCUGUGGGUGGGUCCUGCACUUCUAUUUUCUACUGCCACUGCAAUUAGUGUGCUUGGCUGGGAUGGGAAAGUGAGGACUAUUCUCUCCAUAAGUAUGCCUCAUGCAGUUUUGGUUGGUGCGCUCAAUGAUCGUCUGUUGCUUGCUAACCCAACUGAAAUAAAUCCUAGACAAAAGAAGGGAGUUGAGAUUAAGAGUUGUCUAGUUGGGCUACUUGAACCUCUUCUUAUCGGAUUUGCUACUAUGCAAGAACGAUUUGAGCAGAAGCUUGACCUUUCAGAAAUACUGUACCAAAUUACUUCAAGGUUUGACAGCCUGCGUAUUACCCCGAAGUCUCUUGAUAUUUUGGCUAGAGGCCCUCCUGUCUGUGGAGAUCUUGCUGUGUCUUUAUCCCAAGCAGGACCACAGUUCACGCAAGUGUCACGGGGAGUGUACGCUAUUAGAGCUCUCCGCUUUUCUACUGCUCUAUCUGUUUUAAAAGACGAGUUUCUUCGAUCUAGAGAUUAUCCAAGAUGCCCCCCAACUUCUCAUUUGUUUCAUCGUUUUCGUCAAUUGGGCUAUGCUUGUAUCAAGUUUGCUCAGUUUGACAGUGCAAAAGAAACUUUUGAAGUUAUUGGAGAUUAUGAAAGUAUGCUUGAUCUCUUCAUAUGCCACCUAAACCCCAGUGCAAUGCGUCGUCUUGCUCAAAAAUUGGAAGAAGAUGGUACUGAGUCGGAAUUGAGGCGAUACUGUGAAAGGAUAUUAAGAGUUCGCUCUACUGGGUGGACACAAGGCAUUUUUGCCAACUUUGCUGCCGAAAGUAUGGUUCCUAAAGGACCUGAAUGGGGUGGUGGAAACUGGGAAAUUAAAACCCCUACCAACUUGAAGGCUAUACCUCAGUGGGAGUUGGCUGCUGAAGUAAUGCCAUACAUGAAGACAGAUGAUGGUACUAUUCCAUCCAUAAUUUCUGAUCACAUUGGUGUUUACUUGGGUUCAAUUAAAGGAAGAGGCAACAUUGUAGAAGUAAGGGAAGAUAGCCUGGUCAGAGUUCUUGCUCCUCCUGCAGCUUUAGAUAAGCCAAGUGGUCUUCCAUUGGCUUCCGAUAUAUCUAACAAGGCCAAAGUUGCUGAUGGUGAUUCCAAGGGCAAUUUGCUGAUGGGUCUAGAAACACUUAACAAACAGUUUACUGGUUCCACAGCUUCAGACGAACAGGCUAAAGCUGAAGAAGAAUUUAAGAAAUCUAUGUAUGGUGCUGCUGAUGGUAGCAGCAGUGAUGAGGAAGGAGCGUCAAAAACUAAAAAGUUACACAUUAGAAUACGUGAUAAGCCAAUUGCUUCUACUACAGUGGAUGUGAAUAAGAUCAAAGAAGCCACAAAGCAGUUAGGGUUGGGUCUACCCAUAAGCAGGACAAAAUCAUUAGCUAGUGGCUCGCAGGACCUUGGCCAGAUGUUCAAUGCAGCAAACAAUGCACCAGUAUCUGCACCAAUAGUUUCUACUCCUGUUGAUCCAUUUGGUACAAUCUCUUUGACACAACCUGCAACAGUAUCACAGCCUACUCCUGCACUAAUGGGUUCUGGAGUUGCCACUGGUCCUAUUCCAGAGGACUUUUUCCAGAAUACAAUACCAUCCCUACAGGUUGCAGCCUCACUGCCUCCUCCAGGGACUUAUCUUUCAAAAAUGGACCAAGCUGCUCAAGGGGUUGAAAACAAAAAUUUAACAUCUAAUCAGAUUCAUGCAUCUCAAGCUGAUAUUGGUCUUCCUGACGGUGGUGUUCCCCCUCAAACCACUCAACAACCUGUUGUUGCAAUGGAUUCUUUUGGACUUCCUGAUGGCGGUGUCCCACCACAAUCCUCAGGCCAGGCUCCUGGCUUGCCACAACCUCUAGCCCCGGCAACUCAGGUCCCACUUUCCACACAGCCUCUCGAUCUUAGUAUCCUUGGAGUUGAUGCUGGAAAGCCUCCAGCACGUCCAACUUCUCCACCAUCUUCUGUGCGUCCUGGACAGGUUCCCCGUGGUGCUGCUGCUCCUGUGUGUUUCAAGAUUGGAAUUGCCCACCUAGAACAGAAUCAACUUUCCGAUGCAUUAUCAUGUUUUGAUGAAGCUUUUCUCGCUCUGGCAAAAGAUCAGUCCCGUGGAGCUGAUAUUAAAGCCCAAGCAACCAUUUGUGCUCAGUACAAACUGGCAGUUAAUCUGCUACAGGAAAUCGGUCGGCUACAGAAAGUUAAAGGUGCUAGUGCAAUCAGUGCAAAAGAUGAGAUGGCAAGACUUUCGCGUCAUCUAGGUUCGUUGCCUCUUCUAGCGAAACAUCGGAUAAACUGCAUCCGAACUGCCAUCAAACGGAACAUGGAAGUGCAAAAUUAUGCUUAUUCCAAGCAGAUGCUUGAACUCCUAUUUUCUAAAGCACCUCCAAGCAAGCAAGAUGAGCUAAGGAGCUUAAUUGACAUGUGUGUUCAGAGGGGUUUGUCCAACAAGUCUAUUGAUCCAUUGGAAGAUCCCUCUCAGUUUUGCUAUGCCACCCUUAGUCGUUUGUCAACUAUUGGAUACGACGUCUGUGAUCUCUGCGGGGCCAAGUUUUCUGCUCUCUCGGCACCUGGAUGCAUUAUUUGUGGCAUGGGAAGCAUUAAAAGGUCUGAUGCACUAGCAGGGCCAGUUCCUUCACCAUUUGGGUGAAGUUUAUAUAAGACAGUAGUUUGUGCCUUUUAUAUACCCUUCUUCGAGUAGCAGGCCCUUGGAUCUCAUACGAAGUUGCACUUCAAAAUGCCCUUUUGAUUUUGAGGGUGUUAGAACAUAGAAGUUAUAACAAAGGGGGAGAAAAUAGCAGCGUGGCGUUAGUGUAAUUUGCUGUGUUGAGCUUGUUUGUAUCCUUUAUGGGGUUAUUUUAGAUCCACGCUGUGUAUUGUUUCAUAUUGAUUUUUUUUUUAUCACUAUUAAAUCAUUCGUAUUUACAAUUUUGUAAAGUAAUCAUUCUCUGUAAUAUCAUUAUUCAUUUUUUUUCCCUUU